UCUCUCUGCGUGUUCACAGGCGUCUUUUCAAUGCAUGCAUCCAAACAUACAAGUCGCUUCCCGUUUAAACUGACCUGCACUACUUCAUCUCGCUGCGAUGCAGAUCAAUGCGAUGCCUGCUGCAUGCACGAGGGCUGCAUAGCUAGACAGCUGGCUAACCCUAGCUGAUCUGUGUGAGCAGCACUCUCUGAGAACGUUUCAUUGACAUUAAACAAAAGCCACCAGUAAUUGUAAUGCAUUUCUCUAAAAAAUGCUCCGUGUUUCAGGUGGUGCUCAGUGCCCUUCUCAUUGUUGCACUGUUGCAGCUUCUAUAUCUGUCUUUCCUCUCAAAGUUGCACGGCAAACAGCAGCGCUACAAGUAUUCGGAGCUCUUCGGCUCCAAAAAGACAGCAAACCAAGGAGAGAAGAACCCCAGGCGGGAACAUCUCAGGUACUCUUUAUCUACAGGUGGGAUCUUCGAUGGGAGUGGACAGUACCGCGUGUAUAAAAACCUAAUCAAAAGCGACUUCUCGACCAAUCAGAAGCCAGGAGCGGGUCCAAGAUGGCACCACCUGGCUUUGGCCACGCAUACGACUAUCAACAACCUUCACCAUUUGAGCUCUUUGUUGGAGCGCUGGCAGAAUCCUCUAUCCGUCGCGAUAUUCGCCAACGGCCAAGAUGUCAAGUUCGCCACGGCGUUCGUUUACGCCCUCAGCAUUUUCUGCCCACAGGUUCAAGCGUUGGUGGACUUCCAUCUGGUUUGCCACUCAGGUGAAAUGGCCAGUUUUCCAGACCAGGAUCGAGAGCAUUUUGCCGGUCUGGAGGAGAUGGGCUGCUCCGGCAUCUUCGCCAAGCUCGAAUCCCACCGAGACAAGUAUAAGAACUACGCCAUCGGCAGCAAUGUCUCGUACCCCAACAACCUUCUCCGCAACGUGGCCCGCAGCGGCACAGAUGCGGCCUACAUCCUGGUCAUCGAUAUCGACAUGAUACCCAGUGCCAAUCUGCACCACCAGUUCGUGACCAUGCUGAUGAGGCGCGAACCAGCCGCGGACGAGGUCCUCGUGCUUCCCACGUUCGAGAUCAGGCACACUCGUAAGAUGCCCACGAACAAGUCGGAGCUGGUGCAGCUCUAUCAGGUUGGCGAGGUGCGGCCGUUCUACGAUGAACUUUGCCCUCGCUGUCAAGCUCCCACUAACUACUCACAGUGGGUCAACCUGGCCAGCAAGAGCUCUGGGCCGCUGGAGGUGGCGUACACCAUAAACUGGGCCGAUCCGUGGGAGCCUUUCUACAUCGGUGCCCGAACGGUUUCUCUCUAUGAUGAGAACUUCAGGCAGUACGGCUUCAACCGCAUCAGUCAGGUGAGUCGAUGGAGAGGUGGACUCGAGCAGGAAGAAUACACACAACUAAAUUAG